CCCGGAAAGAAGGCCCGGGCUUGAGCACAGCAUGUGCCUCCGACAAUGGCGAUCUCUGCUAAAACCCCACCGGUUUCUCUUCAUCCAGACCUGCCUCCUACUAUCCACUCGGUAACCCACAAGCUCAAAGCGCUAAAUUUCUCUCGUGUCCUCAAAACCAACCACUUCUCCUUGAGCAAGGCCUACGAGAUAUCCGUCCUCAGCUCCGGCUCCAUCGACACCCGAGACCCCAACUCCCACUUAUGCGACCUAUGCCUUCGAGGCCACUUGGAGCAAGCCCUAAGAUGCCUAGACUCGAUGCAGGAGCUUCAAAUCGCGGUCCAGGAAGAAGCUUGCAUUGCUCUCGUGAAGCUAUGCGAGUGGAAGCGGGCUGCCGACGAUAGUUCGAGGGUUUACUCUUAUAUAUCGAAUUCGAGGACCCAGUUGAGUAUUCGACUCGGAAAUGCUUUGUUGAGUAUGUUCGUGAGGUUGGGUAAUUUGGUUGAUGCCUGGCUCGUGUUUGCGAAAAUGGUGGAGAGAGACGUGUUUUCUUGGAAUGUCUUGCUGGGCGGGUUUGCCAAAGCGGGUUAUUUUGAUGAAGCCUUGAAUUUGUACCAUCGGAUGUUGUGGGCCGGGAUUAAACCCGAUGUUUAUACGUUUCCCUGUGUUUUGAGGACAUGCGGCGGCGUGCCGGAUUUGGGUAGGGGUAGGGAGGUUCAUGCUCAUGUUAUUAGAUUUGGGUUUGAGUCGGAUAUUGAUGUGCUCAAUGCUUUGAUCACCAUGUAUACGAAAUGUGGUGAUCUGUUUAAUGCACGGUUGGUGUUUGAUAGAAUGCCAAGGAGGGACGGGAUUUCUUGGAAUGCGAUGAUUUCAGGGUAUAUUGAGAACGACGACUGUUUAGAAGGACUGAGUUUGUUCUUUAUGAUGCGUGAACUUUCUUUUGAUCCGGAUUUGUUUACCAUGACUAGUGUGAUCUCGGCCUGUGAGCUUCUUGGUGACGAGAGAUUGGGGAGAGCAAUUCAUGGGAUUGUAGUGAGAACAGGAUUUGGGAUUGAUGUUUCAGUGAGUAAUUCGUUAAUCCAAAUGUAUUCUAGUGUUGGGAAUUUAGAAGAAACUGAAAAACUUUUUGCCACAGUCGAGUCUAAAGAUGUCAUAUCUUGGACGGCAAUGAUUUCAGGUUACGAGCAUAACGGUUUGCCUAAUAAAGCUGUGGAAACUUACAAUGCUAUGGAGCUAGAAGGUGUCGCUCCAGAUGAGAUUGCCAUUGCUAGUGUGCUAUCUGCCUGCGCUUCUUUAGGACUUCUAGACAUGGGGGUUAAGCUGCACGAGCUUGCCAAGAGGACAGGACUCAUAUCACAUGUUAUAGUUGCAAACACUCUCAUUGAUUUGUAUUCCAAGUGUGGAUGCAUUGACAAGGCUUUGGAGGUUUUCCACCAGAUUCCUGACAAGAAUGUGAUAUCUUGGACAUCAAUCAUCCUUGGGCUUAGGAUCAACAAUCGGAGCUUUGAGGCUUUGGUUUUCUUUAGGCAAAUGAAACUUAGUCUAAACCCUAACUCCGUUACCUUUGUCUCUGUCCUCUCUGCAUGUGCUAGGAUAGGAGCUUUGAUGUGCGGGAAGGAGAUCCAUGCCUAUGUGUUGAGAACUGGAUUGGGGUUUGAUGGUUUUUUACCAAAUGCACUCCUCGAUAUGUAUGUAAGGUGUGGAAGAAUGGAACUUGCAUGGAACCAAUUUAAUGCUCACAGAAAAGACAUAGCUUCAUGGAAUAUUCUUCUUACUGGCUAUGCCCAAAUGGGAAAAGGAUCACUUGCUGUGGAGCUAUUUGAUAGAAUGACGAAAUCAGGGAUAAAACCAGAUGACAUCACUUUCAUUUCCUUAUUAUGUGCAUGUAGUAGAUCAGGUAUGGUGACCGAAGGUUUGGAGUACUUCAAUAGCAUGAAAAAUGAGUAUUGUAUUGUUCCAAAUGUGAAGCAUUAUGCUUGUGUGGUUGAUUUACUUGGCCGUGCUGGGAAAUUGGAGAAUGCUUAUGAUUUUAUUCAGGCAAUGCCUAUAAAUCCAGAUGCAGCCAUAUGGGGGGCUUUACUAAAUGCAUGCAGGAUCCACAGGCAGGCUGAACUUGGGGAAGUUGCUGCACAGCGUAUUUUUGAUAUUGACGACAGUAGUGUUGGGUAUUAUGUUCUCUUGUGUAACCUCUAUGCCGAAUCCGGUAAAUGGGAUGAUGUUGCAAGACUUAGAAAAAAGAUGAUAGAGAAAGGGGUUACCACUGAUCCUGGAUGCAGUUGGGUGGAAGUGAAAGGCAAAGUCCAUGCUUUCCUCAGUGGUGAUGAUUUCCACCCUCAAAUAAAGGAAAUAAAUGCAGUUUUAGCUGGUUUCUAUGAGAAAAUGAAGGCAGCUGGUUUGGAUGAACCGAGAAGAAGCUCUAUGGAUGAAGUUGAAGCUUCAAGAGCUGAAAUUUUAUGCGGGCACAGUGAGAGACGAGCCAUUGCAUUUGGGCUCAUAAACACUGUCCCUGGGAUGCCCAUUUGGGUAACAAAGAAUCUCUACAUGUGUGAAAGCUGUCAUAAUACCAUCAAGUUUAUCACUAAGGUAGUUCGAAGAGAGAUUUCUGUUAGGGAUACUGAACAUUUCCACCAUUUCAAGGACGGAGUCUGCUCUUGUGGCGAUGAGGGUUACUGGGGAAAGACUCAACGAGGACAGGAGCUGACAAAAUCCUGAC